AUGACCUCAUCGCUCUUCGCAACCACCGUCGUCGCCAGCUUUUUCGUUGUUGGCCUGCCACAUCUCCUGCCCUGCCCGGCACCAAGAGUCACAUACGCCGAUGGAGAUAUUGUCGUAGGGGAGGACGGUCGACGGAGGAGGCGGAAGCGCCGCGAGACCCCGGAGAUCAAGGACGGCAUCGUCAACUUCGAUCAAGUCGGCGACGAGGAGACAUUACGAGCGAGAGAAGAGAGGUUAAAGAGGGAGUGUCCGGUACCGAAGCCGGGUGGCAUACUGGGAGAGUGGCUGGGAUUCCAUGGGCCGAGUAAAGCAUAA